AUGGACGACUCGACUUCAGCACCAGUGCAGCCACCACCACCACCACCACCACUACAGCAGCAGCAGCCUAAACGCCCUCGAGUGGCCGAAGAGAAUCGCAAACGAGCUGUCCGAGCAUGUGAUGGUUGUCGCAGAGUGAAAGAGAAAUGCGAGGGUGGUGUACCCUGUCGCCGAUGCCUUCGCUAUCGCCGGCAAUGUAUCUUUACACACAUCGAUCCUGCUGAGAAGGGCCGAUCGGCUUCUGUCUCGCUGCUCGAGCGAGCUGCGUCGCUGAGUCGGCAUGACAUUCAAGAAGCAGAGCGGGUGCGCUACAUGGAGCGCAUUCUGUCGUACUAUGUCCCCAGUAUUACCUUUGAUAUUCAGUCACUUCGCCAGGCCGCGGAAGAGCUGAAAAGCAAACACCGUGACUCGGAGUCGGAUGUACUCUCUAUGAAAGCCGAUGCGAAUGAUUUGGAAGACUUGGCAAUUGAGGAAGAGGACUUUACGAUCAAAGCACUUCCAGACAAUACAACCGAAUAUUCUGGAGAGUUUUCUUAUCUUAAUUUCUCUAACAAGAUUCGAAAGAAAAUUGAUGAGUGGAUGAAGACGGCGGCACCGGAAGCUACUACCGAAGUUGAGCCAUUUGAAGACCGAUGGCGGGCUACCCAGCUUCAAUCCGGAUCUUCAUUAGUCUCAGCCUCCAUUACAUGUCUCCCUCCGCGCUAUGUUGCAGACUUCCUGGUCCAGAUCUUCUUCAAAUAUGCACAGACGAAUAAUUUCUACGUUGAAGAGGACUGGCUUCAGGAGAAAGUGAAUAUAUGCUAUACUAACCCAUCAAGUCUGUCCUCUGAUGAUGCGGGGGCAGUCUGCGCUCUGCUGAUGGUCUUGGCUGUUGGUACACAAUUUGCACAUAUGGAAUCAACAACCCCAGUAAAUCGCCCACCUCCAACCGCUGCCACCACCGACCAGGACCACCAUUUCUCCGAGGACGAGGUCGGCCUCACAUUCUAUCAAUUCGCGUCAAAAUUGUUACCGGACAUUAUUGCCACGGCCUCAGUGCGGAGUGUGCAAGCUUGUCUAUUGAUAGGCACAUACCUGCUACCUCUGGACACUUCAGGUCUAUGCUACACCUACUUUGGUUUGGCUUUGAAAUUGGCCAUUCAGAAUGGCAUGCAUAGAAGAUAUCACGGUGAAGGACUCUCGCCUCGAAUGAUUGAGACACGAAACCGAGUGUUUUGGACUGCUUAUACAAUCGAAAAACGCAUCAGUAUUCUGCACGGCCGACCAGCGUCGCUAGCGGAUGUGGACGUCGAUGCACCGCUUCCUGUGGAUUUUCCAGGGAUCAUGCCAGCAACGCAGCAGUCAAACCAUACAAACAUGAUAGCCCUGAUCACCCUUACUCUGAAACUUGGAGAGGUCUCGAAUGAGAUCUCAUCGCUGCGGACUUGUCGAAAGGGGCAAGAGCAAGAUUGUCUGGAACGACUGCUCAACAUCCGGAAACACUUGGUAGAAUGGUGGUCCACUCUCCCGGAGGAGACAAAUUGCCGCGACCUGAACCCAGCUGGUCCAUUGUUCAGGUCUAACGUCCAUUUGAAGCUUGAUUACUGUCUUACCCGGAUUUUCAUCGGGCGCCCUUUCCUAUUCAGCAAUAUUAAGGGCUUAUACCAGACUCCUUCCCACGCCGCCACAUUAAAGGGUCCAUCUGGAAUGGCAAAGAAUCGGGCGACCCUGGUCACAGACUGCGUCGAAGCAGCUCUGGAAAUCAUCGACCUGUGUCGCCUUCUUCGAGACGAAACUGGCCUGGCGCGCGCCUCUUUUACUGAAUUCAGUUCGUGCCGUGCAGCCCUCCUGGUCAUCUUAGCCCAAGGCUUGACGAAGCGCACAGAGCGCCUGGGUGCAGCUCUCGACCAAGGCAUUUCCCUAAUCAAGAUCAUGUCUAUGGGUGUUGGCUCUGCACGUUCGGCUGUGAGCGUCAUUGAGGCCCUUGAGCGAGCCAUACGACGUCUUGAGCUUUGGAGCGAAACCCACCAGUCUCAAAGCAACGGUGGCGGCAUUGAAUCUGCCUAUGAUCGUUUCAAAAACUGGGAGAUGCUAUGGAAAACCGGACCCGUGUCACCUACAACCAUGGCAUGGAAACGAGAGGCGUAUACCAACGAUCCUGCUAUGCAGCAAGGCAUGAACCACCCAGCCCCCGAUCCCUCCGUGGCAGAAUCUGUUUUGGCAGGAGUACCCAUCACGCCUCCAGUCUUACCGCCAAAUAGUGGGCAUGACUCUCAUUCGGCGCUUGGCGGCCAUGAGCACGAGAUCCUUGAAGGCGAAAUUCCAGGCACUGGUCUUUCGAUUCCGGACGGCUACCCUGUCUCUCAUCAGUCACUUUCACAGAUGCCUCAUUUCGGGUUUGAUCAUUUUGUUUCCAAUUUCCCACAGGAGCUGGGUGAAUUUACGGCUAUCCCAUGCUUUGAGCCAGAUACACAGGGUAACCAUUCUGGCUUGCCUGUAGGUACAGAGCUGAAGACCCCUGGUAGUACAGACUCGCAUUGGUUGCAGUUCAUGAACGAGUGA